AUGCCAGCUCGCCGGUCAAUAACCAAAUAUCAGCGUCAAGCCGGAGAGCAAACCCUGCGAUUCAAUGAAAAUGGCACAUUUCAAAUAUCAGUAUUCAGUGACCUCCAUUUUGCGGAAGAUCAUGAGAAGGACAAAAAAUCACAACAAGUGAUGGACAAAAUUCUCUCUUCUGAAGAUGUGCAAUUAGUUGUGCUGAACGGCGAUCUGAUUUCAGGCGAGGCGACACACUCCUCAAACUCUAGUGCCUACCUUGAUCGGGUUGUUGCACCACUCGUCGACCGCAAUCUACCCUGGGCAUCAACUUACGGCAAUCAUGAUAGCGAGGUCAACCUGGACCCAGAAGAGACGUUUCGCCGAGAGAAGAACUACACGAACAGUUUGACUCAGGAGAUGGUUUCUGGUCCUACCUCUGGCAUCACCAAUUAUUACCUUCCAAUUUUCAGACACGGCUCUUCAAACAACACGGACCCGGCGUUCAUCCUGUGGUUCUUUGAUAGCCAAGGCGGCCACUAUCCUAGAGCAGCAGGCGACAAUGGAACUGCUGUUCCAAGGCAGGAUUGGGUAGAUGAUUCGGUGGUUAAAUGGUUCACAAACACAAAGUCAAGAUUAUUAUCGACUUACGGCAAGCCGAUUCCAUCUUUGGCAUUUGUCCAUAUUCCGGUUUAUGCGAUGCGCGCGUUUCAAGUCACAGGAGUCAGCCCAACCAGUGAGCCAGGCAUUAACAAUGAACGAGUACAACAGCAGGGCUACGCCAGUAAAGGCGGGUAUGAGGCACAAGAUUACCCAUUGAUAAAAGCGCUUUUGAACACCACCGGCCUUGUGGCUACUUUUAGUGGCCACGACCACGACAAUGACUGGUGCUUCAAGUGGGACAGCAAACUGCCCGAACUCAACUUCACAGGAAAUGGCAUCAACAUGUGCUAUGGGCGACACUCUGGAUACGGAGGAUAUGGAGAUUGGGCGCGUGGUGGAAGGCAAAUCAUGUUGGAUCAGGAGUCAUUGGCAAGUGAUAUGCAGAGUUGGGUUCGGCUGGAAGAUGGGUCCGUCUCGGGUAAUGUCCACCUUAAUGCGACCUACGGCCAGGACCGGUAUCAACUUGUGGAACGGAGUAGGAGUGGGCAAGCUGAAGUUGCUCCUCAUUAUUCGAGUCUUGUUUACCUGUGGGUAUUUAUGUUUUAUAUGUUCAUGCAGACAUUUGGGUUUUAA